AUUCCGACGGCGUCGAGAGCAGGGCCGCUGAGCAUGCCGGGAGCGGCAGCCCACGGACUGUAGGAAGGAAGUCCGUGGGUGGUCCGUGGGCAAGGGGCAGGGGGGGGGGGGUGCUGGACUCCGCUAGACGGCCGCCAGCAGCUGCCAAUCAGUCCUGCGGCGAGCGAGCCGGUGCUGCUACUGUCUCGUCUGUCCGUCUCCUCUGUCUACCACUCGGCCCGAGCCAUGUGGCGGCUAGUGGCGCUCCUGGCGGCGCUGCUGCAAGUGACGGGCGUGAUGUCAUGCCCCAGGGAGCCCAGCCCGGAGCACGCCACGGCCCUCAGGACUCCGGGUGACAACGGCUUCCGCAUCCUCGUGAGCGGCGAGCCGGACAAGUACGUGCCCGGCUCCGUUUACACGCUGUCGCUGCUGGGGUCGCGCACACACGGCCUGCUGCAGCAGUUCUCCCGCUUCCUGCUGAGCGCCGAGCCGCUGGGCAGCUCCGGGGUUGAGGCCUCGCCGCAGCGCGUGGGCAGCUUCCAGCUGUUCGGGGACCAGCUGACGGCCUUCCACGAGCUGUGCGUCAACACGGUGGCCGAGGCCAGCGACCUGCCCAAGAGCGAGGUGCAGGUCAUGUGGGUGGCUCCCCCGCGCGGCUCCGGCUGCGUCGUCUUCAGGGCCAUGGUGCUGGAGGACCAGAACAACUGGUUCGCGGACGACGGCGCGCUGAGCCGCGAGCUGUGCGAGCUGACGACUGCCCGGGACGACGAGCCAGAGGACUCGACCCAGUGCUGCGCCUGCGACGAGGCCAAGUACCGGAUGGUGUUCGAGGGCAUCUGGUCCAACAGGACGCACCCCAAGGACUACCCCUUCUCGCUGUGGCUGACCCACUUCAGCGACGUGAUCGGCGCGUCGCACGAGAAGAACUUCAGCUUCUGGGGCGAGGGCCAGUACGCGUCGGACGGCUUCCGGCAGCUGGCGGAGUGGGGGUCCGUGCGCGGCAUGGAGACGGAGCUCAGAGCGAAGAGCAAGCAUCUGCGCACGCUCAUCAAGGCGGCGGGGCUGUGGUACCCCCGCGUCAACUCCAACACCACCUCCAACUUCAAGGUCGACCGUCGGAGGCCCCUGCUCUCCAUCGCCUCCAUGUUCGGACCGACUCCUGACUGGGUGGUAGGCGUGUCCGGCCUGGACCUCUGUCAGAAGGACUGCACCUGGGCAGAGACCAGGGUGGUGGACCUGUUCCCGUACGAUGCCGGGACUGACAGCGGCAUCACUUACAUGUCGCCCAACUCGCCCACGGUGCCGCUGGAGAAGAUGUUCCGCAUCACCACCAUGUACCCCGAGGACCCGCGCGCGCCCUUCUACGACCCCUCGGGACGCGAGAUGGCGCCGGUGGCGCGCCUGUACGUGACGCGCGAGGCGGUGGUGCCGCGGAGCUGCGCCGACCCGGGGGAGGAGGCGCUGCUGGCGCAGGCCGUCGAGGAGGCAGAGAACACCGAGGACACCGUGCGGCCGGAGUGCGGUGUCAGCGACUACUCUCCGUGGAGCGCCUGCUCCGUGUCCUGCGGGAAGGGACUGCGCAUGCGCCAGCGGGCCUACCUCAUGCCGCAGAAGGCCGAGAUGCUGGGAUGCAACCGCCAGCUCGUGUCCAAGGAGAUGUGUGUGGCCGCCCUGCCCGAGUGCCCGAGCGACUUCGAGGGCGGCGAGGAGAUCCCCGAGGGAGUGUGCGCCACGACGCCGUGGGGCCCGAUGGGCGAGUGCUCCGUCUCGUGCGGCGUCGGCGUGGCCAUGCGCACCAGGCGCUUCCUGGACCGCGUGGGCCACAAGCGCUGCCCGCAUGUGCCCGUCGUCGAGAAGGAGAAGUGCAUGAUGCCGCCCUGCACGGGGGCCGCACCGGAGGAGGAGCCGGUGGACCCGAUGUGCCCGGCGACGCCGUGGAGUGACUGGAGUCCGUGCAGCGCCUCGUGCGGCAAGGGCGUGAAGCUGCGUACCAGGCUGGUGCUGGUGGCGGCCGAGCUGCAGGAGAAGUGCAGCGCCAGACUCGAGCUGGUGCAGCAGCGGCCCUGUGUGGACCAAGAGUCUUGCGCCUUCGACAUGGCCACCGCCAAGCAGGUGUGCAUGCAAGAGCCGGAGAUCGGGCCGUGCAGGGGCUACUUCGAGCGCUGGCACUUCAACAUCCAGAAGGGCAUGUGCCAGCCCUUCGUGUACGGCGGCUGCCGGGGAAACAGGAACAACUUCCUGACGGACAGGGAGUGCCUCGACGUGUGCGGCGUGUUCGCGCCCUCCCCAGGGGCGGGUGGACUGCCGGACGGAGUGGACUCGCCGGUGGACCCGCCCGUGGACUGCGUGGUCAGCAACUGGAGCGUGUGGACCGAGUGCAGCGCCUCGUGUGGCGUGGGCUUCCGGGAGCGCUUCCGCAUGGUGAAGGUGCAGGCUGAGAACGGCGGCCGGCCGUGUCCCAAGCGACUCGUGCGCAGGAAGAAGUGUCACAAGAAGUGCGAUACCGAGUCAUGAAGGUCAUACUCAAAUAUUCCAUGAAAUAUAUUUCCACAUACUUAAAAACCACGAGAGUGCAACGAGAUAUUGUUUUAAAGUUACCAAUAUACGGACUUAUACGGCUACGUAACAAUUAAGAUAAUGCUUGUGAACAUGUUAAGAAUAUGCAGUUAUAUUUACUAUCGUAAACAUUAUUUUUUGUGAAAAUUUUCAAUAAACGAUCACCCAUCGGUGCUUGAUGAUUGUA